AGCCUUCCAGUCACUCCGUCGGAUGGCUCCAUUGCACAGCAGGAGGAGGAACGGGAGAGGAGAGGAUUCCUCAACCCAGUAGCCACCGGCCGAUGGCGACGACGGCCACGGGGUACGGCUGCUCGGCGGCGCUGUCGUUCCCGGGGAGGGGGAGCUCCUUCGCCGGUCGCUCACCCCCGUCCCGCGCUUGCCUCACCUCCUCCAAUCCCAAGCUCAGGACUCCCGCUCCUAGCCUGAGGGUUUCAUAUCUUCGUAGGGGACUCUAUGUCUGUGCGUGCUCCGGCGACGUUGAUCCGGAUGCCUCGGAGGAAGCUAGUUUUGAUAUAAAGCUUCCUAGAAGAAGCUUGCUUGUUCAGUUUACAUGUAAUAAAUGUGAUGCAAGGACAAAACGUUUGAUAAACAGGGUGGGCUAUGAAAGAGGAACAGUUUUUCUUCAGUGUGCAGGGUGCCAGGUGUAUCACAAGUUUGUUGACAAUCUUGGUCUAAUUGUCGAGUAUGACCUACGAGAAGAAAAUGGUGUGAACACUUGUACUGAAGACUGAUUUGGAGAAGUGUUAUUAGAAGCCAGACAUGCUAAGUUUCCUCUAAAAACAUUAGGUUUGAGUCUUGACAAAAUUGAUUAUUUCAACCUUGUUGACUGCUUAUAUUGAACAGUAUUUCUGCAUUGAAAUAACUACCAAUACUGAGUUCAUAA